AAAAUGCCAUAAGCAAAUGUUUUGAGGAAGCAAUCCUCGUCAAAACUCAAGGCUUCCUUCUUCCUCCUCUGGUUACUGUGAGUUUGGUAGGAGAAGAUGGGUUCUCCGGAACAAGAGAGGCUGCUUGAAGAUGGAGAUCCCGAAGGUGGAGAUUCCAAUAACAAAAAUGGACCAUAUACGGGAGAUGGAUCAGUGGACUUCUAUGGGAGGCCUAUUCUAAAACACAAUACAGGCAACUGGAGGGCUUGUCCCUUUAUUCUUGGGAAUGAAUGUUGCGAGCGUUUGGCGUACUAUGGCAUUGCUACUAACCUUGUAACAUACCUUACAAAAAUACUACAUCAGGGAAAUGCUUAUGCUGCAAGUAAUGUUACCACCUGGCAAGGCACCUGCUAUCUCACACCACUCAUUGGAGCUGUUUUGGCUGAUGCGUACUGGGGAAGAUACUGGACUAUUGCUGUUUUUUCCUCUAUUUACUUCAUUGGGAUGGGUACCUUGACUCUUUCAGCAUCAGUUCCUGCAUUCAAACCCCCAUCUUGUGUUGGUGAUAAUUGUCCAGAAGCAAGUGCUGCACAAUAUGCUAUAUUCUUUUUUGGCCUCUAUCUGAUUGCUUUAGGAACAGGUGGAAUCAAACCAUGUGUAUCAUCCUUUGGAGCUGAUCAGUUUGAUGAUUCUGACCCAGAAGAAAGGGUGAGAAAAGGUUCUUUCUUUAAUUGGUUCUACUUUUCUAUCAAUCUUGGAGCUCUUGUUUCAAGCAGUUUGCUUGUGUGGAUACAAGACAAUGCUGGCUGGGGCUUAGGAUUUGGUAUUCCAACAGUAUUCAUGGGUCUUGCUAUUGGGAGCUUCUUCUGUGGAACAUCUCUCUAUAGGUUUCAAAGACCAGGAGGAAGCCCUUUGACGAGAGUUUGCCAGGUCGUGGUUGCGUCUAUCCAUAAAUGGAAUGUUGACGUACCUCUUGAUAGCUCCCGUCUGCAUGAAGUAACAGAUAAGAACUCUGCCAUUGAAGGGAGUCGGAAAUUGGAGCAUACUGAUGAAUUCAAGUUCCUUGACAAAGCUGCUACUGUGGUUGAUAUUGAUAUCAAGACCAAUCAGUUUACAAAUCCGUGGAGACUCUGCACAGUUACACAAGUUGAGGAGCUGAAAAUUCUUGUCCGCAUGUUCCCUAUAUGGGCUACUGGCAUAGUAUUUUCUGCAGUCUAUGCACAGAUGUCUACCAUGUUCGUGGAGCAAGGGAUGACCAUGGAUGCCUCUCUUGGUUCAUUUACUAUUCCUCCUGCAUCACUUUCUGUGUUUGAUGUACUGAGUGUGAUCCUGUGGGUCCCCAUUUAUGACCGCAUACUUGUGCCAAUAGCUAGAAAUUUGACAGGAAAGGAGAGAGGAUUCUCUGAGUUGCAGAGAAUAGGCAUUGGCCUCUUCAUAUCAAUUUUAUGCAUGACUGCAGCUGCGUUAGUUGAAAUUAGGCGCUUGCAAAUUGUUAAAGAGCUUGGUUUAGUUGAUUCCUCAGUAACUGUUCCCAUGAGCAUCUUUUGGCAGAUACCACAGUAUUUCUUGAUUGGUGCUGCGGAAGUAUUUACAUUCAUUGGACAGCUUGAAUUCUUCUAUGAUCAAUCUCCAGAUGCAAUGCGGAGUCUGUGCAGUGCCUUCUCUUUGCUGACUACUGCACUUGGUAAUUAUCUGAGCACUUUUAUAGUGACUAUCGUUACUGCAGUGACCACGAGAGGUGGAAGUGCUGGUUGGAUACCUGAUAACUUGAAUGAAGGUCAUCUUGACUACUUCUUUUGGCUGCUGGCUGGGCUAAGCUUUUUGAAUCUCUUGGUUUAUGUGUCUUGUGCUGGUUGGUACAAGUGCAAGAAGACCUCGUGAUUAUGUUUGUCAAGUGCAUGCUUCUGAUCAUUUCUUUACCAUGCGCCCUGUAUAUAUUCGUGGCAAACUUUUAGACAUUAAAUGACGUAUUUAUUUCCUAUUCUGAAAAUCAAAUCACUGUGGGUACAAGAUUGUACUCUUCUGUUAGCUUCACUUGGAUGCUACAAAGUUCUGUCGAAGCAGUGUCCCCCUCGAGGAUGAAGUUAUGUACACAGGUAAAAGUAGGCUUUGCUGUUGGCUGUUGCUAGUUACAUAUAAAGUACAAAAGUUGGCUCUGAUAUUUUUUUUCCGUUUGCCUGUUGUACUGGAAGUCUCGCAUCUUGGUAUCUUUUGGUAUCCUGAUGUGUUUAUUUUAUUUCUAACAUGUGGAACCAUGCUGAAGGCGUGACACUUGGUCGCACUCCAGAGUCCAGACUAAUAAAAUCCCAUUGCUGA